UGCUCCUCCUCCUCCUGCACAUCUCUACUUCUAACACAGCUUCAUCACUUUCAUCGUUUCAUUUCAUAGCAGUCAGCCAGCCAGUCCGACCAUCUUCAUUCUCUCCCUGGCAUUGCACGCACAGAGGUGCAUCGCGCAACAACCUAGCAUUCACACCGCAAGCCCCUCGGCCGACAUCACGCGCCUCGCGCCCCGUUGCGCAGUCUCCAGCCCCCAUCACCAUCGCCAUUCCCCUCCCACUUCGUCUCACAACCGCACGUUCACCCACGCCUGAGCAUCUAGCUCCUCCGACGACACCAUGUCGUACAACCACUACCUCCCCAAGGGCAAGGUAUCGCUCAAGCCCAAGACACACCACGGCUUCCAGGUCGUCCUCUUCUUCCUUGGUUGGCUCUUACCACCGCUUGCCGUCGCCGCGCGUUUCGGUAUUGGCAGAGACUUCUUCAUCAAUAUCGUUCUGACGCUCUGUGGAUAUAUCCCCGGUCACGGCCACAACUUUUACAUCCAAAAUAUUCGUAACAACUCGAACAAAGCACGUACCCCCAAGUGGGCCAUCCGCUACGGACUGGUCGACCCUGCCAACCAGAACCGCCGUGCUCAAAAGUCGGCGUGGUCAAAGCGCUACGAUGAGCGUCUGCCCGAGUCGACAUUGGUUGGACAGGAGCUUGCCGAUGGCGAGGAGGGCCCCAACUGGGAUGCCACCAAGCCCAAGCAGAACCAGCGUCGUACCGAGGGUCUCUGGGACCGCGAGGACGAGCACUACUACAACGAGGAGGACGAAGCUCCGAACCAGCGCAACUGGCACUACCCUGCCAACUUUGAGGGUACCGUUGGUGAUGGCCGCUCAAAGCGCCGGCAGCAGGUUGAGAGCGGCGACCGCUGGGAGCGCACGCGGUCGGCGACCAACGACUCGGACUCGUACGGCUCGUACCCUCCCGGUGGAACCGCCGCGACCGACGACGACGUCCCUGAGUGGGGCCGCGACUACGGUCGUCGCAAGAACAGCACCGGCCGCAACAAGAAGCCCAGCAGCAGCAGCUACGACGACAACAGCAGCAUCGACUCACGUGACCAGCGGUCGCAGCAGUCGGGCCAGCAGCAGCAGCAACAGAAGAAGUCGAACAACCCCGACGACGUCUUCAACCACGAGUUUUAAGCGGACACCACCGCGUACAUUUACCCGGAAUGAUCGGGGUGUGUAUUUCACCGCCCAGGUUGUUCUGGGCACCGAGAAAUUAGAGAGGAGGGUGUGCGUGCGGGGAGUGGUCGAGUAGUGGUGGACCGUGGUGGAAGGUCCUGGGGGUGGUAGGUUGGCCCUGCGGAGAUGGGCCAGGCGGCUGAGGGCUGUCGCCGCCGCCGCCAACCGAGUGUGAUUCUGUUCCGAGCCGGGUGGUCAUUGAGAGAGAGUGGUUUUGUCAUACCCGUGACCAAGUGUACGAGUCUAUGCAGGCGUGA